GGGCCGGGCCGGGCCGGGCUGUGCGUCCCUCCCGCCGCGGCUGCCAGCGCCGCCGGCACCAUGGGCUGCUGCUGCCGCCUCCUCUUCGUCGCCUUCCUCCUCCUCCUCCCGGCAGGGCUGGGCGAUGACUCCCCAGAAUCAUCCCUCAUCCCCAUCCACCCCCCCUUCCUCUGGGGGGGUGUCCCAGUGAAACCAGACUCCAGGGAUGCAGAUGUCCCCACACCAGCUCCUGGCCAGCCCUCCCUGCCCCUGUCCACGGGACCUUCUGGAGAUGGGACGUCCUCCAGGCCCCUGGAGGGGGAUGGCCACAAUGCCACCACGCCUGUGGCAGCACUGUCCCCUGCUCCUGCCUCCGUGGCCGCGACAGACGGUCCCUCUGAGGCCCCCAGCCCCACCUCGGUGCCACCCACCUCAGAGACAGCCCCGGCUCUCCGGACAGCAGACGCUGCCACGAUGGAUUUGGGGGCAGCUUCCAGCCCCACAGACACAGCUGCACCAUCAGCUCCCUCCUCCCUUCCCGCCGGUGACCCCUCCUCACCUCCCGGGAUGGCCUUGUCCCCAACGCCUGUCCUGGCGAGCCCUGGCGCCACCCAGCCACCGCUGCUGACCAAGGAUGUCCCUUCGCUGGGGACAGUGGCCAUGGCACCGAGCCUGGCCAUGGAGCCAACGUCCCCCCCAGUGACUGUGGUGAGCCCCACGGAAGCCGAGGCCUCUGAGAAAACCACCGGGGUCACCGUGGAGGAGGUCCCGCGUGCCCUGAGCGCAGGGAGCAUCGUGGCCAUAACCGUGACGGUCAUCGUGGUGGUGGUGCUGGUGUUCGGGGCAGCCGCGUACCUCAAGAUCAGGCACUCCUCCUAUGGAAGGCUUUUGGAUGACCAUGACUACGGCUCCUGGGGCAACUACAACAACCCUCUCUAUGAUGAUUCCUAGCAGGGAUGAAGAAAGAAACCCCAUAAACCCUUAAUUUAUAAGCGCUUCUGCAGCAGAGCAUCCGCUGUCGAGGAGAUGCCGGGCACGGAGCCCCUGCCUCAGGCAGGAUUUCCAGGGGUCUGGUGGAUGACAGGAGCUGGAGAGUGGGUGUGCAGUGCUGACAAUAAACCUGAAUUUUGGCCUUUGAGCAGGAAACCAG